GUCGUAUUUGGAUACGGAAGUUUGAUCUUCAAACCGCCUCCACACACCAUUGGUCGAACAGUUGGCUACAUUAAAGGAUACGCUCGUCGAUUCGCACAAUCUUCAAACGAUCAUCGCGGCACGCCAGCAAAGCCUGGAAGAGUGGCCACUUUAGUCUGUGCAUCUCAAUGGCACUCUUUGAUUUCCGACGAAGAUGCUCCUGAAGGGGAUAUCGUUUGGGGCGUUGCAUGGACAAUCGAUCCAACGAAAUCACAAGAAGUACGUCAAUAUUUGGACGAUCGCGAAAAGUUUGGCUAUACUCCACAAAGCGUUAACAUCUACCAACACGACGAACAAGGCAACGAAAUGGUGGCAAUCGAAGAUGCAUUGAUUUACGUUGGACUUCCGGAUAACGAAGCAUUUGUUGGACCUUCGAACAGCUUGCAGGAAUUGGCAGAAUAUAUUUACAGCUGCGAAGGGCCAAGUGGACGUAAUGAUGACUACGUUUUGAAACUUGCCAACGCUUGCCGUAAUUUGUCGACUGAUGUUCAGGAUAGUCAUUUGUUCACCCUGGAACGACUUUUGCUCGAACUUCGAAGAAAAGAAGGCGCACAAGUGAGUUUAAUUCAUGGUCAAGAUCAACGUCAAAACAUGGUUCGCAUCCAUCAAAUUGCCGCUCAAUAG